AUGAGUCGUUCUAAUCUGAGUAGUCCUUAAUAGAGAAAAUUUUAAUUAAAUUAAGCAGGAGUCGACAAAAAAUUUCGAUUAAAAAGAUUAACUAAUUAAUUAAAAGAAAAUUAGUUUACAUAUCUCUUAUUUGGAUUUAAAGCAGAUGAAAGAUAGGAAAAUAUUUACAUUAAAGAAUUUUAAAGAUAGAUCUAAAAUACUCAUUCUUUAGGGGUUAUGAAUAUUGCUGAUUUAUGGUCAAAUAAAUAAAUUAAUAGGUUUAUAGAAAUAUAAAAUUUUUCCAAAGAUAAAUUUUUACUUUCUUAAUUAUCUAAAUAGAGAAUCAGAAUUAAAAUGGAAAAGUAAGAAUUGCCAGUUUAAUUACAUUAUGAAAAAAUUUAGAGCGAAAAAUUGACAAUUUAAGAAAUUCUAGAUAAAGCGAAUAAGUAACACUUCGAAAAUAAUGAUUUGAAAUCAAAAAUUCGAAAAUUAAUCACAAAAAGGGCUCAUUCUGAACAUAUAUGA